UAUUCAUCUCCGAAACCUCUCUAGCGCUUUUUUUUUUCCUGAAUCAAAGCCUCGGGGAUUUUUUUUAUUUGUCUUUGUAGUUGAAUCGAUAGAGAAAAGGAAGCAUCGAUGCCGGGAUUGACGUGUAACGCGUGUAACCAGGAGUUCAAUGGCGAUGCGGAGCAGAAGCUCCAUUACAAGUCCGAUUGGCAUCGCUACAAUCUCAAGCGCAAGGUAGCUGGUGUUCCUGGAGUUACAGAAGCUCUGUUCCUUGCAAGACAAUCAGCAAUCGUCCAGCAGAAAUCAUCUGAUGAAUCCCCCUUGCUAUAUAGCUGUGGUGUAUGUGGUAAAGGCUAUAGAAGCUCAAAGGCACACGAGCAGCAUCUCAAGUCAAAAGCCCACAUCCUUCGAGCUUCACAAGGAGCCAACGAUGGCGGCCAGCAAGAUUUACCCAUAAUCAAGCCCCUUCCUCAGCGCCAUCCCGAGAAGAAAACCUUUCAAAGGAGGGGAAGGAUGGAUGAAGAAAGCGAGGAAGAGAGUGAAGAGGAAUGGGUAGAGGUUGAUUCAGACGAAGAAUUGGCCGCCGAGGCUUCUGAUUCUUUGAGCAAGUUGAACGUAAACGAGUCUCAAGAAGCCGAAGACAUGGAGGAAGAAGAAGACGAGGACGAGAUCGAUCCAUCGAGCUGUUUUAUGUGCGACAAAAAGCAUAAGACCAUAGAGAGAUGCAUGGUUCAUAUGCAUAAGCAACAUGGAUUCUUCAUUCCCGACAUCGAGUAUCUGAAAGAUCCAGAAGGGUUUCUCACUUACCUCGGUCUUAAGGUCAAGAGGGAUUUCAUGUGUCUGUACUGCAACGAGCUCUGUCAUCCAUUCAGCAGCUUGGAAGCUGUCCGAAAACACAUGGAAGCAAAGUCUCAUUGCAAAGUGCAUUAUGGUGAUGGAGGUGAUGACGAAGACACUGAACUCGAAGAGUUUUAUGACUAUACCAGCAGCUAUGUGGAUGAAUCGGGUGGGGAGAUGGUUGUUUCCGGGGAAACAGAUAACACCAUAGAGCUUAGCGGCGGGUCUGAGCUCGUGAUCACGAAGAGAUCCGGGAACAAGAUAACAGCUAGGACUCUUGGGUCACGGGAAUACUUACGUUACUACAGGCAAAAGCCACGCCCAUCUGCAGAAGCAAACGCUAACAUCAUCGCCUCCCUUGCCUCAAGGUACAAGAGCAUGGGGUUGACGACGGUACAGUCGAAGGAGCAUAUAGUGAGGAUGAAGGUACUGAGAGAGAUGAACCGAAGAGGCGAGACCAUGCGAACCAAACUCGGGAUGAAGAGUAACGUCAUUAGAAACCUGCCCAAGAAUGUCCCUUAUUAGCCCCUUUAUGUUUUUUCGCAGCUUUCAUGGACCCAUGUUGUUGUUUGUUGAUCUUCUUUCCGACCAGACUCCUCGUGUUGGAUUUGGUAUUCCACCUGCGCACUACGAACUAAAUGCGAACCGAGUUUGAACUCUACAAAAGAUCAGAAAGAAUCUGAUUUCGGAUGUAAUC